UGUGGCCGAUGCGAGUGCACAUCACUAUCGUCGCCGCUAUUUUGUGUUGUCAAUUAUUCUCUUAGUUACAAUUAUUUUCAUCUGCGCUCGCUGAACGAACCUCUGGGCGAAUAGCAACCGAUCGCAAAGUUUGCCCCGCAACACCCAGCAUUGCCUCUUUCAACUGAGCUCAUUAGGAGGUUUGUGUUUUUGCUGCAAGGUUGCUGCAACAGCGGACACCGCAUGCUGAAUACACCAAUAACAGCAGCAGCAGCGACAACAACAACAACAGCAACAGCAACAUCAACAUCAUCAGCGGAAGCAACAUGAAUCCCUGUGCUGUGCCCACACCCGUGCCCGAUGUUGACGGCGACAAGCGCUGGCUGAGCAUACACCGUCGCUUCAUCUCGGAUUGCCGCGAAAAGGAUCCGGACGUGAUAUUCCUUGGAGAUUGUAUAUUCGAGACGCUGCAGGAUACCGACACCUGGAAUCAGUACUUUGCGCCGCUGCACUGCCUCAACUUCAGCAUACGCGAGGAUCGCACCGAGAACGUUCUCUGGCGCAUCGAGAACGGCACUCUGGACAAUGUCAAUCCGAAGAUCGUCGUCCUGCACGUCGGCACGAACAACACCAGCAACAGCGCCGCCGAGGUGGCCGAGGGCCUGCUCGCCAACGUGGCCAAGAUACGCGAAAAGCUGCCCGGCGCCUACAUCAUAUUACCAUCGCUUCUGCCACGCGGCCAGCAGCCGAACGCGCUGCGCGACAAAAACAAGGAGAUCAACGAGCUGAUCAAGGAGAGGACAAAGGGCAUGGACCGUGUGCAGACUGUCGCCAUUGACAAGGGGCUGGUGCAUACGGACGGCAGCAUUAGCCAUCAUGACAUGUUCGACUACAAGAGUCUGACCAAUACCGGCGCCAAAAAGAUACUCGAGCCAUUGCAUGAUUUGCUAUCGCAGAUACUCAAUGAAAACGAACUGGAACGCGAUCUCACACCAUCCGAAUAACUCACAAUAUACACGAAAACAAUCAACAACAACAGCAACAGCAACAGUAACAGUAACAACAACAAUAAUGGAAAUCCAGAACACUCAACCCAACCGCUUGAUCUGCAGCAAUGAAAGUAUUUACUCGUCUAUUGAACGGGAGUAUCAAGUUUUUGGUUUAUUGUUACCCAAACAACAGAGCCAAGAGCAAACAAACGCAAGUUUCCUUAAACACCUUACAUAGCUACGAUAUUGGUAUAUAUAUAUAUAUAUGUAAUUUUAUAUAUAUAUAUAUAUAUAUGCAUAUAUACAUAUAUGAUUUCCCAUACUCAUUCGUAGGAUUAAAGUCUAUAGAAAAGUAUAUAGAAGACACACACAAUGCGCGCAUGAACAUUUUGUAUUUUGCAUUUAUACUAAAAGAUAAUUACAAUUACAUACAUACAACAUAAUAAUACAUAAUAACAAUUUAAUAUGCGAAUUAAGUUUCGAGACGAAGAAAUUAACAACAAGAACAUUCCCUGAAACUUACCAAUAUAUAUAUACGUAUAUAUUUAUAAAAUAAUCAUAUUUUUUUAUCAUCACAAAUUUUGAGUAAGCUUCAGAAAAGGAAAUCCACGUGCAUUAGGUGAUAAAAAAAAAAAAAAAAAAAAGCUAAGAGAAUAUUUAAUAUGCGGCAGCUAAAAGUUACUUCGGUUGAGCUGCCUUGAGCUCGGAAAUAUUAUCUAUUUAAUUUCUUUUUUUUUUUUUUUUUUUGCACAUGUAUAAUAAUAAAUGAAAACAUUUUGUGUAUGAAAAGCUCAAAACGCAGAAUUAUUACUAACCAGGAACCUUUCGUUGCGAUUGUCAACUACUCCAAAAAGAAGCAGAAUACAUAUAUAAAUAUAUUUUAAUAUAUGAGGAAGAAGGACAAUUAAAAAAGGGAAAAGUUAUAAGCAAUCUAAUUAUAUAAACUAACUAUAUAAAUAUAUUUUUACUUUCUAUUUAUACAAUA